AUGGCUCCCUGUCAACACAUACUGCUGCUGCUUUUUGGAUGGAGUUAUAUUUGCGGUGGAUAUUGCAUUAUACUAAAAGAUCAUUUCACCGGACUAAAGAAAAAUAAAGAAUGGACUGAUCACACUAAGACGCGGGGAAAAGAUCAUCAUACCAAGGAAAAUAACGACUUGCUCCUCCAAGACACAGUGUCGGAGCACAUGCAGAUGCUGUAUGAAAAAUACAAUAGAGAAGGUUUUCAUUUCAAUGACGGAAAUACGGUUCGCAGCUUCAAAGCUCAUUGGGGUAAUAUCAAUGGCAAUCAUCUUCAGAUCUUUAACUUAACAUCACUAACCAAAUCAGAAGACAUCCUCUCAGCUACAUUACAUUACCACAUAGGAGACCUCCAGAACAGCAGCCAGAGGUGUACUGGGCCACAGACAUUUGGCUGCCAUCGACUGAUGAGACGGACUAGUGUUCACCUCAGCAUCUGGAGUUUUGCCUCUUUGAACAAUAGCACAAAGCCUCAGGGACACCGCCUUUUAAAUGCCUCCACCUCGAACCGGGAUGCUAUGUCUUGGCAAUGGAGAGACAUAACGCAUGCCGUCAAUCAGGCCAAACAUCGCUCCCAGCUCCUUAUUGGAAUUGACGUGAAUGUUCAAGGGCACAGACCCCGGAACAGCCUGCUCUCGGCCCGGUCACCCUACGUUCUGGUGUACGCCAACGACUCGGCCAUCUCUGUGCCGGAGAGCGCGGUGUCCACCCUGCUCCGGCACAGAGGGGCUCUCAGCCCAGGGCACCGCAGGCUGGGCGCGGAGGCGCUCAACAGCACAGCCCAGCGCAGGGCCAGACGCUCCGCCAACGUCCUGCUCCCUCUCCAAAACAACGAGCUGCCGGGGACCAAGCGCCCGUACAGGGCCCCGGACCAGGAGCAGGGGGGGCCCUCCAACGAGCCGCCCGAGGACAGGCCCCCGGCCAGGCACUCCCGGGCCAAGCUCCGCAAGCAGCAGCAGCAGCACGGGGUGACGUUGCUGCGCUUCGACGAGCGGACCAUGAAGAAGGCUCGCAGGAGGCAGUGGAGCCAGCCCAGGCACUGCGCCCGCAGGUACCUGAAGGUGGACUUUGCGGACAUCGGCUGGAACGAGUGGAUUAUAUCCCCCAAGUAUUUCGAUGCCUUCUAUUGCUCGGGAUCUUGCCAGUUUCCCAUGCCAAAGUCGGUGAAGCCCUCCAACCACGCCACCAUCCAGAGCAUCGUGCGGGCCGUGGGGGUGGUGCCUGGCAUCCCGGAGCCCUGCUGCGUCCCAGAGAACAUGUCCUCCCUCAGCAUCCUGUUCUUCGACGAGAACCACGACGUGGUCCUCAAGGUCUACCCGAACAUGACCGUGGACUCCUGCGCCUGCCAAUAA